AUGUUUCACUUGUUGCACUUUUGGUCGUUUUUGUUGUUUUCAGCUUAUAAACAAUCGCAUUUCCAUUCCGAUGCCUAUCAAACUAAAAACAAAGAAACUCGCGAAUCCGUCAAUCAAUUAGUUCAUCGUACUCGAUGGUUUCCUGAUAUUAUUAUCUCACUCAUCUUAUUUCUAUUAGCCGUUACUCACGAACAAUUAACGUUAGAUCGUGAUUUAGAACUAAUUGGUCUAUGUUUAAUUUUAAUCUGCUCUGGUUUUAAUAAAUAUCUAAUAGCAUUGCUCGGUAUUGUUUCAUUAACUUCAGAAAUCAUUAUGCAUCAUCGGAAUAACAAACUGAGAGCUUUGCUACAUGCUUCGACGAUGUUUAUGAUACAUGUGUAUCUGACUGCAUUAAGAAUGGAUACUUCGUGGAUUUUUGAACGAAUACGGAAAGUGUCAAACGCACAACAAGCGAAAUAUUGUUUUCAAUUACUAUACGAGAUGCGUAUUAAUCCUUUGAUGACAUUGAUUGCUGCCGGUCAACAAAUACUAGCUUUUCACUUAUGGUAUUCUGGCAUUGUCAAAUCAAUCGGCGUACUGAGCUUUCAGUUCGUAUUGGUUAGUUCAUAUCUAAUGGCGCUGAUAUGGAAUUAUAUCCUAUGUAAAGAUUCGAAUCAAUUAUUAUUGAUACCAUUUAUUCGAAAUCGAUUUCCAGAUAAACAUCCAUUCUGGGCUCAGUUUGUGACUUGUUUACACUUGACAUUAGUCAUAUCCUUAAUUCUGACUCUGAUUGUCUGA